UUUGCGUCCAGAUUUAAACUUUCAAUAAUCAGUCCAGUCAGUGUUUGCGGCUCGAGAAAGUGAGACCUGGUUCAGCACCACGUUGUUUUAAAAUACAUACGCUUAUACAUGUUUCAUUGUUGAUAAUAGUGACACACAGAUAAGCUGAACAACUUGAAGCAUCUGUCAUACCUGAAAAAAUUAGAUAUUGGUCAUUGAUAAUUAAGUGUAAAAAAAUUAAAUAAUCAUGAGUAAAUCAACAGCCUACACACUUCGGAAAAUUGGCCUUGAUGCUGUUUGCUUUAUUGCUGUUACACUUGGAGUAAUAUGUUUUCCCAUUUAUGCAGUACAUCAUCAACGUGGAUUUUUUUGUGAUGAUGAAUCAAUAAAUCAUCCAUUUAAAAAUGAUACAAUUGAAACUAAAGUAUUGAAAUUUAUUUCAUUUGGUGUUACAGGAUUUUUAAUGAUAAUUGGUGAAUUUUUAUAUUCGAAAUCAUCAAAAAGAAAAUCAGGAUAUUCAUUAUUUAGUUAUGAAAUUCCAUACUGGAUGUUGAUGGCUUACACCAAGGUUGGAGUAUUUACUUUUGGAGUAUUUGUAAAUUUUUUGAUUGUUGAUACUGGAAAAUUUACUAUUGGCCGAUUACGUCCACAUUUCUUAGACGUAUGUCGACCAAAUGUUUAUUGUCAUGAAAACAGUACAUUUGAGUAUCUAAAAAAAUAUCAUACUGAUUUUGAAUGUACAAAUAAAAAAUAUGAGAAUAAAUGGAAAGAAGCAAGAUUAUCAUUUCCAUCUGGUCAUUCAGCUGAUUCGAUGUAUGGAAUGUUGUUUUUCGCUUUGUAUCUGCAAUUGAGAAUUACAUGGAAGGGUAGUAAAUUAUUGAGACAUACACUUCAAGUCAUGUGUUUAUGGAUGGCAUGGUACACAGCAAUGUCACGUGUUUCUGAUUACAAACAUCAUUGGAGUGAUGUCCUUGCUGGAAUGUCAAUUGGUGCUACUAUUGCCCUUAUUAAUUUUUUUUGCAUUGGUAAUUUUUUUAAAGAACGACGAGCUCAAAGUUCUGAUCAAGGACCAAUUGCUGUUGGUAAAAUUACACCAAUUGAAUUGGAUACAACUGAUAGUGCUCUUAUACUUGGAAUAAUAUAUUAUCAAAAAUAUGCAGUACGUUAUCAACGUGGAUUUUUUUGUGAUGACGAAUCGAUUAAUCAUCCAUACAAAAAUAAUACAGUUUCAAGUAAUUUAAUGUAUUUUUUUUCGUUUGGUGUUACAGGAUUUCUAAUCGUAAUUGGUGAAUUUUUAUAUUCAAAAUCAUCGAAAAAACAAUCCGGAUAUUCAUUAUUUGAUUAUGAAAUACCAAGCUGGAUGUUGAUGGCGUACACCAAGAUUGGAGUAUUUGCGUUUGGAGCAUUUGUAACUGUUUUGAUUGUUGACACUGCGAAAUACAAUAUUGGCCGAUUACGUCCACAUUUCUUAGACGUAUGCCGACCAAAUGUUUAUUGUCAUGAAAACAGUACAUUUGAGUAUUUAAAAAAAUAUCAUACUGAUUUUGAAUGUACAAAUACAGCAUUUGAUAAACAUAAAUGGGAAGAUGCGAGAUUGUCAUUUCCAUCUGGCCAUUCAGCCUAUUCAAUGUAUGGAAUGUUGUUUUUUGCUUUGUAUCUGCAAUUGAGAAUGACAUGGAAGGGUAGUAAAUUAUUGCGACAUACACUUCAAGUCAUGUGUUUAUGGAUGGCAUGGUUUACAGCUAUGUCACGUGUUUCUGAUUACAAACAUCAUUGGAGUGAUGUCCUUGCUGGAAUGUCUAUUGGUGCUACUGUUGCACUUAUUAAUGUUUUUUGCAUUUGUGAUCUAUUCAAAGAACGACGAGUUCAAAGUUGUGAUCAAGGAACAAUGGCUGUUGGUAAAAUUAAAUCAAUUGAAUGUGAUAAUGUUCAAUAACUCUUUACUUUUAUUACACUAAAAUGGCUUGUGUACUUAUUUUCACUAGAUAAAUAUUUUC